CUAGACCACUCUUCCUACUCUCCAACACCCAAGUCUGAACAAUAUUUAAAAAAAAAAACCUCUUUUUUUUCGUUCAUAUAUCACACUCUGCCGAAGAGUACAGAUGAUAGGAUCUCCGUAUGAAAUUAUGUCAACGUUAUAUGACAUAUUGAUGGAAGUUUGGUUGUUCUGAUUUUUGCGUCUCUCCUAUUUAUUUAGAUUUAGGGUAUCAAAAUUAUGCAUGCGUGUUUGAGUUUAGAUGAAAUUACGAAAAAUAAAUUAUUUUUCAAUUAUUGAUUCAAUUUUUUUGUGUGUUGGAUCAAACAAAUCGUUCAUGUUUUGCUGCAACGUGGCUUGCCUGCUUCGGACAAUACCGAAACAGACCUCACAGGUGUGAUGUGACCUAAACAAUACCGAAUCAUAUUUGGCCUGAUCCCUUAUAUGUGCUCCCGUCCUUCUAUCCAUACUAUAACUUUAUAUAUAUUAAUAUCUGAUAUGAACUAGACCGCACUGUUUCUCGACGUUCCAACUAUACCCAAAAACCGUCAAUAAAAUAACCCAGUAUUUAACUAUAUGCAAUUUCACCAUCUCAUUGAAAAUAAAGGAACUGAUUUUUAGUUUUGCAGCCAUGCUACAUUUUAAAUUCACUCCCCUGUGCCUUUUUCCAGAUCCAGAACACGAGAAAACAAAUAGGUCUCCUCCUUUGAGACUUUCCCAUUUAAGAUGUCAUGGCUUCCUUUCCUUCCCACUGUUGACUGUUCCCCCGCCAAUUUCCCCAAUGUAUAAACAAACCUUUAAAUGCUUCUUCUCAUUUCGUUUAUUAUAAUCAUCUAAGACAGCUUUGCGGGAACUCCUACGUGCUGCUCUCCAACCAACUCAAAUCUGACGAACAACCCAAAAAAAAAAAUGGUCCAACUUCUUCUUCUUCUUUAUCUUUUUCCUCUCUGCAGUGCGUAUCAACCGAUUCCCUCCCUUUUCCCAAGACAGCUCCCUCAGUUUUAUCGCCCGAAUGUUCAGACCCUGUAAUGCUCUCCACCUCUGCAAAAAAAAUGUCGCAUUAUAACAGGGGACAUUGUUUCUUGACUAGUUGACUUUCUCGAGAAAAUAUUUUCCCCCCUUCGUUUUUUCUCUCGGGAACCCAUUGCUGCUGGCAACGUGUUCUUUCAUGGGCAGUGCCCCGUUUUCUCUCUUUUCUCCGCCGCAGCAUCCUAACCACCUACGACAAACCAACCCCUUUUCUCCCUUUCUGGUAAAUUGAAUCUCCCUUUUCUGCUUUUUUUUUCUCCUCUAGACUGCUGACUGCCCUUUUUGCUCUGGGCUUUAAUCUUAAUCCAGUCAAAUCUGGGUCUUCUGGGGAAAGAAUUUGGAGGGCAGGGGAAAAAGUAACGUACGAAGACGAGAAAUUGAGUUUCUUGCUUUGCAUUUGGGAGUUGCGUGAUCGUUGCUUGCUUUUAUUUGUUUAAUAAUUUCUUUAUUUUCCCCGUCUCUCUGUUUUCGACUAUCUCAAUAGGCGCGGAGGAGUUGUUGAUGCAACAGUUUCAAUUGGAGAGGACUCUGUCUUUUGAGAUCUUUUUAGUUUUUGUUUGGUUCGGAGCGAGUCUUGUUUGUGUUGAUUUGAUUGAAUGAGAGAGCAUUGUUCUUCAAGAUACGAGAAUGACGAACCAAGACCACAGAAAGCGGUCUUUCCUGCAGAAGAUAUUCUCGUCAAGGGAGGUGAUUGUGACGAGAUCGACAAGAGACCCGUUCAAUUCUUCACCUGAAAGGCGGAGCGGUUCAGCGCUUGAGUCUCUUUUUUCAAACCAUUUGACUUCAAGGAUGCCUAAUCACCAGACAGCUGAAGAACCAUUUAGAAUUUUCGUGGCGACGUGGAACGUGGGAGGGAAAUCUCCUCACAGUGGCCUCAAUCUGGAUGAUGUUCUCCAAGUCCAUAACCAAGCAGACAUAUAUGUCUUAGGCUUUCAGGAAAUUGUUCCAUUGAAUGCUGGCAAUGUCCUUGUGGCAGAGGACAGUGAGCCGGCUGCAAAGUGGCUUGCUCUUAUCAACCAGUCUCUGAACAGACCAUAUGCUGUAGGUUCAAAAGGGUCAAAGCCCUUUGCAUCUCUUGGAAACCCGCUUCCAUUUCAGAGGCCUUCCCUUAGGAAAGUCUGCAAGAGCUUCAGGACCGAGAAUCUCCGUCGCCUCAAGACCUGCAAUUGCAGUCAUGUGAUGGAGAGGAAGAACAACAAGGACUUCUGUCUUUGGUGCCCACAGACGAACUUAGGUGAUGAUGGGUUCUCAUCAGAAGAGGAGGAGGAUGGACUCAACGGCGGUGGAUCUUCAGAUAUCGUUGCUAAUGGUGCCAAUCACUUGAGAUACAGCCUUGUUGUGGGGAAGCAAAUGGUUGGGAUUUUUCUCACUGUCUGGAUGAAGAAAGAGCAUGUUCAACAUGUUGGUCACUUGAAGGUUUCUUACAUCAGUCGUGGGAUCAUGGGUUGCCUUGGUAACAAGGGUUGCAUAUCCGUGAGCAUGUCUUUCCAUCAGACGACCUUUUGCUUCAUCUGCAGUCACUUGGCAUCAGGGGAGAAAGAAGGAGAUGAGCUGAGGAGGAAUUUGGAUGUGAUUGAGAUACUAAAAAACACUCAAUUCCCCAGGACAUGCAAAUCACCCUAUAGCAACUUGCCCGAGAGAAUCAUCCAACACGACCGGAUCAUAUGGCUCGGUGACCUGAACUACAGAAUAGCUCUCAACUAUUCAGAAACUCGAAAGCUCCUCGAACGAAACGACUGGAAUGCACUCUUUGACAAAGAUCAGCUGAAGAUUGAGAGGGACAAAGGUAAAGUGUUCAAAGGAUGGAAAGAGGGGAAGAUCUACUUUGCACCAACUUACAAAUACUCCUGGAACUCAGACAUUUAUUCUGGAGAAACUGUGGACUCCAAGAACAAAAGAAGAACUCCAGCUUGGUGUGACAGAAUACUUUGGCAUGGGAAUGGAAUGCAACAGAUGUCGUACGUGAGAAAGGAGUACCGGUUCUCGGAUCACAGACCGGUAUGUGCGACAUUCUUGGUCGAUGUGGAGACCGUGGAGGGUGCCUCGAGGAGGGCAUCAUCCGCGUAUCACAUUUUAAAUGGAAAAUCAAGUUUGCUUAAUUACUGCUAACCAGAAACUAAAUGGAAAAAGAUAGAUACAAGUUUUAGUCUUUGUUUACACCCCCAUCUGCAUAAGUUAUUCUUACAAAGAAAGUAUUCCCAGAAGAGAAAGAAGGUAUAGAGAGCAUUUCCUUUUAGUUUUAUGGUUUCUUGUUUGUUUGACAUUGAGAGUCAAAUUGUAUAGACAGGAAGUGGUGGUGGGUGUUGAUAGUGGUUUCUUUUCAGAGCAAAGUCUUCUGGGUCCUAGAAAUUUCAUUUCGUCAAUCUGUAUACAGACAAUUGUGAAGGAAAAGUUAAGUGGGCAAUUUGUAUAAGGUUCGAUCCCAUUGUGGGAGCCAUGGGUAGGCUUUGUUGUUCUUGUUCUGCUGGAGACAAAGAGGACUAGGCUAAGAUCAAUGUGCUUAACUGAAAUAUAUAUUGAAUAUUAUAAUGGGAAUCAAAGUUUUUUCGUUGGUUGUUUGUCGCAAGGUUUGAACUUAAAUUAUAGCUGAUGUUCUCAUUCAAAGGUUCCCUACUUUUUUUUUGUUUAUGAAAUGAUUUAUGCCACUGAACUAGCUGAUCUAUAUGCUAGCCAGUUCGAAACCUUUUAGACUCGUACAUAAGAAAGUCCUUAUUCAUUCGGUUCGCUAAGCAUCUUUGGUCUGAAACUCUUUAAGUUCGUCUUACGAUGGAAAGGAGUUUCGCUUACUCGCUUUAACCUUGAUUACCAUCAGGCUAACCCUUGUUUAAAAAUGAUUCCCCUUGAAUUGGUUUUCUUUGAUCGCCCUUCAUACUAAUCUUAGACUUUUUUUUUUUUGAAAAUUGCCUGUAUUCUCAAAUAAUCAAACGUUUGGUGUUACAGAGCCAUCAUCUAAAAGUUUGGGUAUCAGAAUAAUUGGAGGACGGUCAAAUCAAAUUUCCGAUUCUUCUGGUCGACACCUCACUUUCGCCAUUGUGUGGGCACUCUCAUUUCCUUGCCUUCCCCAAAAUCACCAUUGCACAUUUCCCUCCGCCAUCGCUAUCUCUCGAAUCUCCUCACAAAUUCCUUCAGUCUCCCAGAUCGUUGCUUCCUUUCGAUCUAGUUUCUGAAUCACGGACUUGCAGUCCGAUUCCAUUAUCAGUGGUAGAAAAUUGUGGGUUCUGGCGAGUCUCAAUCCCCAAAGCAGUGCGAGUGCUUCCGCCGUCUCACCUGGCCACUGUGUUCUUGUGCGAUGAACCGCCGCCAUUCGGAACUGCCCCUCCGCAUCUCGAAUUACCAGCCCAUAUCCCGUUCCUUCCUCACCCAAUGUCGCCGCAUCUGUGUUCAAUUUAAAGAAACCCUGUGGAGGGGGUUCCCAUUCAACCCGGGUUCGCACAGGCAGGAGCCCUAUUCCCAUGGAUCUGCAAUUGCUGGUAUUCCUCCAGGUAAUUCUGCGCUCUCAUCACUAUCUCCCAUUCCUCAAGCUUUGAAUUGUUGAACAGCUGGUUAUUUCGCUCCUUCCAUAGGAACCAUAAUGUGAUUAGUAGAGUAGUGAGUUCCUCUUUGCUUGUCCCAUCUAUUAGGUUGCAUAGCCAUUCUUCACAGUUUUUUCCUUCUCCUAGUGAGAAGAACUUUGCCAACGAGCUAGGCCUCCACACUCUUCUCGCCCAAUCAUAGUCCCUGGUGAUAUGCUCUUGUGCCAUUAACCCACAAAAAGGGCAUUCGUCAGGGGCAUCUGGAAUUCUUCUGCUAAGAUUAGCCCAUGUGGGUAGAAUGUUACUCCCCCAUCUCCAUACAAAAACGCGAACCUUAGGAGGUAGAUCAAGCAGCCACAAUUGCUUCCAGUCAAUAGGGACAUAGGGUUCCCCUUGAUCCGCUGUCUUUUUCUUUCUCCAUUCUUUAUACCCUAAUCGAACUGAGUACUUUCCUGUUCUGUCCUUGCCCCAAACUCGCAUAUCUGGCCUUGGUUGAGAAGGGAUUGGGAUUUUGUUGAUCCGGUCACGGUCUUCAGGUAGGAAAUUUUCCUGCAGAGUACUACUUUUCCAAGACCUUGUUUCCUGAUCAAUUAAUCUUGACACCUUCUCUGUGAAUCCUAAGCCUGUUAUCGGUGUUUGUACCCGAUAAUCCGAUGCUGUUGGGAUCCAGCGAUCCCACCAAAUUCUUACACUCUCCCCAUUUCCAAUUCUCCAUUUCGUGCCUUCCUUAACUUCUCCAAAUAUAGCUAGGGUUAGUCCCCAUUUCCGCCUCCAAGACAUCACAGUGUGGGUAAUACUUAGCUUUCAGGACACGUGCUGCCAUAGAGUUAGGAGCUUGCAUUAGGUUCCAGACUUGUCGACCCAGUAGGGCUAUAUUAAAGCCAUGUAAGUGUCGAAACCCCAUCCCUCCUUCAAAUUUGGGUCGGCAUAACUUGUCCCAGCUCAUCCAAUGUAUUCGCUUCUCUUCCCUUUUCUGUCCCCACCAGAAGCUAGCAAUCAUGCUCUGUAUCUCAUGGAUUACCCCUAGUGGUAUAAGAAAGACAGACAUUGCAU